AUGUUAUUACCUGAUGAUGAUGAAAUGGAAGCAUUAGAGGCGGCAUUGUCUUUUGUAGAUGACUUUUCACAUGUUACAUUGACUCAUGGUGUGACAUUGCAUGGAAAUGGAGGACUUCGUAGUCCAUUUCAUCAUUCUUCCCCUUUGUUCGAUUCGAUAUCAGCUAGUAUUGAUGUGGAUGGAGAAACUAGCGAAACUAUUGUCGAUAAUGAGCUAGGGACUUUAUUACUUAAUUCAGAACUCCCUAGCUCCCCAAGUCUUGCUCGUGGCGUAAAAAAUGAGACUUCUAGAGUCGAAGUGUUUGGAAAAGUAGUCAGUCCGACCGAUAAUUCAGUUUUAUCAAUUCCAGCUGACAAUACUACUCCUCUGGUUAUUGUCAACAAUCAAUCCGAUUGUCAAGGCUUUCGCGAAGCUAGAAAACAAGUGACAAUCGGAAAGACGAAGAAACGUGUAAGGUUGAACCCGAAUCGAGCGCGCGACAAUCGAAAGAAUGAAUUAGCUUACCUACGCAAUAAAGUGAAGCAAAUGGAGGAUCAGCUUUUUUCUCUUCGCCAGCAAUAUAUGGACAAUAACGAUUCUAAAAGCAUGACAAACACUGCAAAAUUGAUUGCUGAUUCAGCGGGACUACCACCAGUCUGGCGUGAAAUGGCGUCAUCGCAGCAGCAACGACGAGAGAACGCCGAGCGUGAGAACGCGCGAUUAAAGCUAGUUUUGGAGAAUCAGAUUAAGCUGGCGAAGAGUAUGGAGGCGGUGGUGCAGAGGAGAACACGACAGCAAUUAGCCGGCUUCAAUGGUGUCAUUGGCGAAGCUGUCGGCGACGUGCAAGGCUCUACGUGGGACCUUCUUAUGGAUAAGGAUACAUAUGAUUCGCUGUUGGCUCGAGCAGAGGCAGCGUACCAUGAGGUAGACGAAGUUCUUGCUGCAAAUGGUUUAAAAUAUUUGGAAACGUCGUGCACGAACGCUCAAAUGCGUGAAGGUUCCGAGGGAAUGUAUGCUGACAUUUUUACGAACAAGAUGCUGCCAUUUGACUUUAAAACUGCGGCCGAGGCAGUAUGGAAUCACUUUCGAGGCAGCGAAAAACACCGCGGUAAUUUGUAUGAAAAUUUCUCCAAGGAUAUCGAAUCAUCAUCCGACACUGUGGCCGAAAUGUUUGCUAUAGAAUUCAUGGCGAACGAGCUGGCUGCUGAUUUUCGCGUAAAGCAGGUCGUACGGCGAUACGUUGAAGAUGAUCGGCAGGUUGUAGUCUGGGUUUCAACUGCAUCGGCACUCGAGAAUUCCAAGUCACCUUUCGCUAGCUUUGGUUUUCGUGAAAAAGGCUACGUCAUUAGUAAGCGCGUACGAGGUCGUGAAAACUUUUCUAUGUUUCAGACGUGUUGCUUGGUGUCGCCCCAGAUAUCCGAAGCUGGGUCGUUUGAUCUAUCCUCGGUUGGAGCUUUUACAGAGUUCGUUCUGAGCUUUAUGUUUGCCACCAUUACAUCGAGUCAGCAACUUAUUGAGAACAUGUUAAUGGACCAGUCGCUAAUUUCUAAGCACUGA